AUGGCGUCCAUCCCCAAACUCAAGGUGCUUGUCAUCCACGGCUAUGCGACGAAUGGCGCUGUGUUUAAGCGCCGGACAAGUGCUUUGCAAAAAGCGUGCAGGGAUGUUGCCGAGUUUGUGUUUGUGAAUGGACCGCUGCAUGUGCGCGCACUGCCGAGCGCCUCGAAUCCCGAGCCGGGGGAGCCGAACCCCGCGGACCCUGUUGAAAAGCAGGCGCGUGCGUGGUGGAGGCACGAUGGGGAUGUGUACCGGGGAUGGGACAAUUCGGCCAUGUUCUUGCAAACCGUUUUCCAGGAGCACGGGCCGUUUGACGGGAUUAUGGGAUUCAGCCAGGGCGGCAGCGUCACGGCUGUCAUUACUGCCGCGCUAGAGCACCCAUCGCUCGUACCCGAGAUGCACGGGAAAUUCCAGGAGCUUCCAUUUAAAUUUGCGAUUAACAUUUCGGGCUUUCGGCCUGCUGACCAGAAAUUCGACGCGCUGUUCGAGCCGAAAAUUGCGACGCCCAUGCUGAUUAUUAUUGGAAUGAACGAUUUUCUUGUCGAGCCGAAAACUACCGAGACGCUUCUUUCCAUUUGCGAGCAGUCCCGCAUCGUGCACCACGACGGCGGGCAUUAUCUACCGACCAACGCGUCGUGGCGCAACUUUUUACGCGACUUUAUUGACUCUUUCCGCGUCACAACGCCGAGUGCAUGGCAGGACAUCCCAGCACCGCUUAUGCAGCUGGAUGACGAGAUUACGCGCGAAGAGGCUGAGGCUGUAGACCCCAAGUUGUGA